UGAAGAGAGCGGUAUUUCCUAUCAUAAAAUGAUAGCAUGGCUUACAUGCCCAUGCACUCAUUCAGGUGCGUGACCAGAGUGUGAAGGAAAAGGCUGGGAUUCUUUUUUCAUGUAUACUUGUAGCUACUUAAAAUUAAGCUUUAUUUUGCUUAUGGCUCCAAGAUGGCCUACUCUGCUGUUAAGAGAAAUUAGAAAGGUGGAAUUAAACCAAUUUACUAUACAUAUUUAAUAUUUAAUACAUUAGUUCAAAUUCAUUACACACUAACGGAGAUGUGGUAUUUUAUCCAGAUACUAGUGCUGGUAACAGAAUUGUGACCAAAUUCCAGAACAGAUAUGGUAAUUGCAUAUAUGGCUUUUUAGGUAACGAAAGGCAUGGCAGUUGUGCAUGGCUAUAUUGCCAUGUGUGUUAUGACCAUUACGGACUAACUGAUGAUAUAAUGAUUCCCCUUAAGUGAGUUACAGGGUGACAGGACCCAAAACAGGGAGAGGGAAAGUGGGACAGGGACAGCCAGUGCCUCUGCCUCAGCAUCAGCCUCACAUGACCCAGGACUAGAUGUGGAUGAGGGUAGAGUUUCUGUACUUUUAAAGAGUAGUGACGUUUUAUGUUCUUUAUUUGUUUUGGAAGUUGAAAUAUUUCAUGUGAAAAUGCAAAAACUAUUUGGUUCUUGAAAUAUUCUGAAUGCUACCACUGUAGUUGGUCUGUCACAUAGUUUUUUUUCACAUGCUAAUUUAUGUCAUUCCAUCUCAGCAGGAGCAGCAAGUGCCACUGGAAACUCACCCACAGAGGCCCCCAUUGAUGUAGCAACAGGAAUUGCACCUGGUCCUGGAAUCCCACCUACAGAGGUCACUACUGAUUCUUGGGUUACACAACCGGACCCAGAGAAAGCAGCCCAGCUUUUCACACAGGCAGCUCUUGAAAACAAACAACAUAUGGAGCCCCUCACAUUCACCCUGAGUCUCAUGGACUCUGAAGGAGAGAGACACAGAGCGAUCAUCUCAUUACACAAGAGGCCCAGGGUGGAGUGGGCAAGGCCCCUAACUUGCAGAUUGAUUGGUGAAAGUUUUUUACUAUUCCUGCAAAUACAUACAUAUGUGAAUUUAUUAUGUUAGAUUUGUGUAGCUGUGACUUAGAUGGUGUAGUUUUUCCAAAAACCUGUGGUGUAACUUAUAAUAAAAGCACAUUUUUGACUUAGGUGACUCUGCUAUUGGUGAAGGCGUAAAACGGCAUGUGCUGUCCACUGUGAUGGGAACUGUCCAGAGUGGUUUCCCUCUGGAUGAAAAAAAGGUAUGUCACACUAUAUUUGUUUUGCAUACAGAAAAAUGUCUGUGUCUGUUAUUUGACAGUUUCUCCUCUGAAGGGAGAGUGCUUCUCUUCGAGGGAGAGAGUGACCACCUUAUUCCCUCAACAAGUCAAGAGCUCCUGGAGGGUGAUUUACUUGUGACUGCAGGAAAGAUGGUUGGUCAUUCAUUCUUGAAUGGAGGCCCAUGUCUCACUGGCCUAAGCACAGCAAUCAUCCAUGUACUUUUUGGCGGCAGUCCAGAGAUGGCAACCAUAUGCCUGUCAGACUGUGUGGAUCAGGAUGUCCGGGAUGUCUUGGCACUGUUGGAAAGAACCAGGGACCUGUCAGAAGAAGACAAAUCCCAGAUUCUCUCUGUGACACUGCCCUGGGACCUGCCUGGUGUCACACUGAACAACAGGUGGUGGUUGAGGGAGAAAAUACUGCUCCAUGCUGUUCUUGGACGGACGACCCAGCAGGUUAAACAAAUCCGACGAGGCCUGAAAGACACGGGUAUCUGGGAGUUUUUUAGCUCCAGGCCAGAUGCUGUGCAAGUCCUAUUCCCAAGGGCCUGCAAUGCAGAGAUCACGCCACAAAUGAUUCUGGACAAUAUCAACUGGCCAAGGGACGAGGACAUCGAUGAGGGCAUCGUCAGCCUGGAGGACCAUUGCAGAGUAAUGACCUUCCUCCGGAAAUUUAUAGAGGAUGGUACAUUGCCUUUGUUCUUGAGUAAGACUCGCUCUAUGUAGUGUUUGAGUGUCAGUGUGUGUGUAUCGAAUUUGUUUCCCGUGUGUAUUUUUGUAAGGUACUCCGGAAGUCCUGUAGACUUUGCUCACAUUCUGGACUUGUUGGGGUGUUGUUUCCUCAAACUUGGAGGUGGAAAUCAUCAAUUGUGCCCUACCACAGUCAUCAACUUGUUUUUUGACUCUGAAGCUGUCAAAGAAUACAACAAACUAUGAAAACGUUUUUCAUGACCUGAUGGCAAGCAUAUCCUCCUCCUACUCUGGAUUCGGUUUGAGCACUGAUACAGACACAUCAAUCUGUCAGAUUUGAGCACCGAUGGAGACAAAGGUUCAGAUCUCAUUUAGUUGUAUUUGUUCAAAGCACUGGUAGAGACACAGACAAAUCAUUCUCUUCAUUUAGUUGUAUGGCGUCACAAUAUUCAUAGGUUAAGACAGAAACUUGUUAAUCCCAGAACCCCCAACAUUUGAUGUGCAUUGUUUUUGAUUCAGCCGUUGUUAACUAAAUGUUUUGAUGGAUACCAGACCACUCUGUGUGAGGCACCUUGCUUGUGCAUGCAUGCUCACAAGGCAUGAUUGUUAAUAAAAACAUUCGGCAAAUGAAUAACUGACUUAAGUUCUUUUUUUGAAGCUCAACACACUUAGUCAUCAAUAAAUUGGUAAGACAAUUUCAAAUGUGAGUAACAUAAUUUAAGCAAAUAUGAGAACUGCCUUAUACUUUAAAGACCCUUCUAUUCAGCUAUGGUUUUGGAACACAUACAAAAUCAAAUGUGCCAUUAGUUAUGGUCAUUGGCACCAAAAUGUUAGCAAUCAGCAAUUAACUUCAACUUAAAUGUCUGAACAUACUACAAGUCAAACAUUACAUUU